GAGUAACAGCAUGUGUUUCGUUUGACAUAGAAUAGCGAUUGUUUUGAAGUGGCGGUCCAUUCUCUCAGCGACGAGAGAGGAAAAGAGAGAGAGAGCGACGGAGAGAAAAAAGUGAGCGAGCGCACGACACAGAGACAACACUGAAGAAAUUGAAGUACAAGCGAGAGCUGUCAAAACACACUUGAGCAUUUGGUUCGUCGUAAUAAAGUAUGCUUUGUACUGUCAUUGGCAGUAAGUGAGUGUACAUCGACCGUGAAUAUCAAAAAUACCAAUAGUAGCACAGAGCAGAGCAGAAGAAAAACACAACAUCAACGCAAAUAAAUAGUGUUAAUUUUGGUUUUUUGUUCGAUUCGUGUGUGGUUUAUUUGGCGGUCGGUAAAUUCGGUGCGAAUAGUUUCCAUCCGAAAUUCCACCGCAAAACAAUGAACAUCGUCAUCAAAAUGUGACAUUUGUGCAACGAAAAGAAGCAAAAGAAAAAAACACGGGAAGAAGAACAGAAAAAUUGGGUUGAAGACAAAUUACGUGCCGUGGAAAAGCCAACCAUCAAUCGUAAUAGUGUUUUUCAAGUGGGGAAACGAGACGAGAAGUAGAAGAAGAGAAGGCCAACGGAAUCAAUGCGAAUUUUUCCACAGAAAUAAUGGAAAAUCGCAAAGAUAUUUACAACUUGUGGAUUCAAUACACAACAAAAAAUGAUAAGAGCUGUUUUCGUCAAUUUGUCGCUGGAUUUGUGGAGAUAUGGACCGAACAAUUGAAUUUAGACUUCGAACAGCCGCCGCUGUGGAAUGAGAUAAAAAAUGAUCUUGGGCCACAUCUCAAGCGAUUGCCCGAUGAACUGUUGCCGGCAAUCGGGAAAUUUCUUAUUGUUGCCAAAGAUUCGUAUCAAAAUGAAAUGCCACUCAACGAUGAUGAGCUGACUGAAACAACAUUAUUACUGAAAUGUCUUACUAUGAUAUGCCGUCACUUUGACAAUAUACAAACCGUAGCCAACUACCAAUACAUCAGCUGUGCUGUUACAAUAUCGAUGAGCAUCAUUAUGGUGUUGUUUAAGGACAAGCGAAAACCCAGUUCAGCGGAAGUCGAGUACAUCAAAUCGUUUAGCCAUCUAAUUGAAGUCAUUUAUGACCCAUAUUUAACAUGGCGCAACUUUUUACAUGGACACUUUGCCGAUUAUAGACGCAUUCUAACCACCAUCGUACAAUUGCACGUCGAAUUGGUGCCAUUCAUUUAUGAUUGCUUUCAAUUUGAGACGAUCAUCCAUCUACCAGAAAUUGGAGUACCCUUAGUUCAUAUGUUAGGCGCAAUAAUAUCCGGCUCACAGGGCGAUCCAUGCACUAACGAUUCACAAGCUACUACAUCAUUGACCACAACUAUUACUCCUAGCAUCCGUUCAGCAACAUCAUCCAUUUCUGCAAAUGUUUCUACUUCUAGUAAUGUUGCAUCUAAUCAAAUUGGUGAAAGCAAACAGCAAACACUUGCCGCUUCGAAUGGAAUGCGAGCCGUAUGUCCGGCAACUGUGACGGUUCUCAUAAAUAUUUUAUCAAAAUGGGAAUGCAACGCAGAGCUUCGGGUCAUUGUAUUGAAGUGUUUUGCCAAAAUGGUCAUCGUUUUGCAUCGUUCGAAUCCAGUUGAACGUCAAAUUGACGUGCUGAUGGUGUUUCAAAUGUAUUUGGAUAUGAUGUUAACAUUGCUGAAAACUCGACACUUUGAACGGCGUCCGUUUGAUGAGAAAUUUGAUGUGGCUACCGAGAGUGAGGAUUACAUCGAUGUAAAUGCACUGACUGCCGUCGUUGACAAUAUGGAGAAUAUUUUAUCCGAAACACAAAGUCGUCUUCCGAUUAGUACGGUCAUUGUGGAAGCAAAUUAUAUCACAACUCUGGUUGGCAUACCGAAACGUGUUCAAAAAUGGGAAUUUGAUCGCCAGAAACUAGCGACAAGUGUUUUUAAGGCAUUGGCCAUGCUACGUCGUACCGCACCCGUUGCUACAAAUGUUCUAUCCACUGUACCACAAAUUGCAACACUUUUUGACGGCAUCAAAUCGCUGGGCAAACCAACGAAAACUCUCAUUGAACAGUGCAUCGAGCUGGCCUAUGAUUCAGAGAAGAAGGAAAUUGUUUUUGGCGAAAUCAUCACGCAUUUAGCCAGUUGGAUGAAGGAUAUGCAUGAAAGUGAACAGCUUUAUGUCGCUGAAACGAUGCUCAAAAUUUGCUCACAAAAUAUUAGCUGCAAGCGAACUGUGUCAAAUCGUGAAUUCAUCGAAACCAUCUGCGACGUUCUGAGACAUUCCAAUGUAUUGAGCAGCAAAUGUGCCAUUGAUUUGAUUAAAUUGAUUGAAGAAUUGGCCAGAUACAGCAUUAGCCCUAUCGAAUUGAAGAGCCUGUUCUGUUUGUUACGGGAAAAGGAAAACUUUGACUAUCGAAAGCAAUUACUUCAGUCAUUGGCAAGCAUAUCACUUCAGAACAUUCCCAGCAAUCAGAACAUUUGCAGCGAAUUUCUUGACAUACAGUCACGUGAUGAUGGUAUCACCGUGCCAGAGAUUCACAAGUGGACAACAUCAGGUGCAUUUGGUUUCAUAUUUCAUGCAUGGAUCCGUCUGGAUGAAGUUGUCGAAUGGGAAUCAGACCCAUACAUUGAUAGCACGAGAUAUCGUCGUGUGAUUUUUAGUCUAAUGUCAGCGCAAGGAACUGGUUACGAAAUUUUUAUCGACAAUAAUGGAAAGCUCAUAGUUGGCAUCCAAACGAAAAAGGAAUAUUUCGCAACUUCAGUCUCUUCGCCGUCACUCUUUGAUAAGAAGUGGCAUUUAAUAACGAUCGGCAUCCUACCGCCGAAGCGACCAUUUGCAUACACGCAAAUUCUGAGCUACAUCGAUGGACAUCAAAAAUUAGGAGCAACAAUAAAAUUUGGCGCUUUCACAGAUCCAUUUGCCCACUGCACCAUUGGAAUGGCCUACCAAAAAAUUCGUCGAUCAUCCAACAAUAGGAAUGAAAAAGAGAAGCAGCUGCAGACAUCGUCUUCAGUUGAUAGUGCCAGUGGUACACCACGUGGAAUGUUUCCCAGUCUCAUGGAACGAGCAUUUUUACCGCAAAUUGUUUCACAGGUUCCAAGUUACUUUUCCUUACCAUUACGAAGCACAUCGUCGAAUGAUCCAAAUGUGAAAUGCUAUCCGAUGGGAAUGCAGGAUGGUAUAUUCGGUCCACAGGCAUGUUUGCGUGGCCAAAUCGGUUCAGUUCUGCUGGCCGAACCAACAACGAAUAUCAAAAGUAUACUCGAUGCUGGUGUAGAAUUUGCAUCGAUCAUUUCUCAAGACAUCGAACCAUACGACAUAAGCUCAAAAUAUGUAUUCUGCUAUUCACCGUCAGCAUGCUACAAUGGAACGUGUACUGAUCUAGUGCCGGGUAGUAAGUUCAAUGGACUCUUCAUCGGCAAUCAUUGCAAAACGAUAAAAAUCCAAGAUGCAAUCAAUAGCAUUGGUGGAAUCACCACAUUGUUACCGAUUCUCGAAACGGUUGUCAAAUCAAAUCAAUUGAAUCUUGUGUUUGAUACAUCACUUGACUCGAUACAACCUGAAACACCGUGCUCACUCAACGAUGAAAUGAUUGACUGGGAAAUUCUUUCGUCAAACACAUACACCGAAUACAAAAUGAUCCAGAAUCCAAUAGGCUGUUUUUUAUGUUUGAUUCGGUACUUUACAAGCAAUCACCAUUUGAAUCAGGAACAACUCAUGCGAUUCGAUUGUAUAGAAAUUAUUUCAACGCUGAUGACAAAAUGCGACCCCGAAUUGAUUGACGUCAAUGUGCUGAUGGCAUCACAUUUGCUCGUUGAGGCAGUUCAAAAUGAACAACCCACUGCAAAUAAGGAGCUGCUCGAAUUAAUUUACAAUGAAUUCAUCUUUGAUUUUAAAAUCUGGUCACGGGCACCAUUCCAAGUUACCAUCGGACAUAUUCAGUAUAUCAAUACAAUGAUCAAAGAUGACCGCAAAUAUUUCAAGAAAAAGUUCGGUAUUCAAUACUUUUUGGAUGUUAUUCGCCAGCAUUAUGCAGUGCCCGAUCGGCUUGGUGAAGAAGAUGCACAAGCCGUUCGUGUGGCUUUACUCGAAAUCAUCAAAUACUACAUUCACAAAGAUUUGAACAUCAAAGAAGUGUGCAUCAUCAUCUCGUACAUUUCGUCGGUGAAUCAUGAAUACUUGAUUGUAGAGCUGCUGGAUCUGAUUUGGACGCAGAUGAAUAGCAAACAUUGUUUGGAUCAAGUAUUCCUUUUGAUGCACGAACCAAAUACGGCCGAACUUUGCUAUGCUUUACUCACCGAUCGCAAGUAUAGCAGUCGAUUGCAUUUGACGGUUUUGAAAUUCCUCAACUGUCUCCUGAGUACGAAACGCGUGUCAAAGAAGCAUAAAUGGGCAGUUCGAUUGCAUGAUCCCGGCAUCAGUUGUCAAACUUUAAUACCCGGUUUGAUUUCACACAUGCUUCCGCUUGAUCACAAUACCGACAUAAUUCUCAUGCUGCUUGAUAUGGCGUUGGCCGAUGAUUCUGGCGUUGGAUACUGUGGUGCAUUGCAUUUAAUUUACCAUUUGAGUGAAUCUGACAUUGAUCUCAAGUUGGAAAUUGCCAAGAAAAUCGUAACGGUUGCAUUCAAUAAACUGAAUUCCCCCUGUCACAUUGCAAAGCAGACUGGAUGGCAGGACAGUAUCGCUCGUUUGCUUGUCCGUAAGCAUAUCUCAUCGAAUUUCACGGUCGAAGGCAACUAUGUGAUAGGAAAAGAUGUUCAAGACCAUACAUUUGAUGAGUCUGGCGUUGAGUUUGCCAUGGAUAUGUUGACGUUUGACGAGAAAUCGAUGGAGCUGGGCAGUCAAAGCUCGAUGAACAACUCAAACUUGCUGCUGAAUGAAAUUCAGGCGAAUUUCACUGAAGCGGCCAAUGUCAUCGAACACGAAAUUAAAGAUUUGGCCGAAACAGUUACCGGUAAAGUGGCUGGUAAUAUAUCGUCAAUGUACUCCAUGAUACGUCAGAAGACAUCGGACAUACAAGAAACAUUUGAAUCGUUGACGCACGGCUCGAAUUUGAGUGACAAGCCAAAGAGCUUGGGUACGAUGUCAACACUGUCAUCGAACUCGACAUCGGAUGAAAAUCUUUCGUUGAAAUCAGCAAAAACGACAUCCUUGGAGAAUAAGUCAAUGACACGCUUUGAUUCCACCGAAUCGGAUUCGCUGUGCGAUAAUUCCAGCCAAACGAAAAACGAGAAGAAUGCACCCGAAAGUAUUCUCAGCGAUGAAAAUUACGACAAAGAAGAACAGUUGAUUUACUUGGUUACGAAUAUUCUGUACACAGUUUUGUGGAACGGAAUCGAAAACAAUGGCGGCGAUUCAUGGAAGGAACGAGGUCAAGUGAUUGCAUGCAUUAAUUUGCUUGGAUUGAAUAACGAACUAUAUUGUUCACAUUUGACGCUAAGAUUGCGCAUUUUUGAGCUGGGCGUUCAGGCGUCACUCAUGGAUUUGUCGGAUUUGAAUAAUACACAAAAUCACGUGCAUCAGGAGAAUGCAGCUCAAUUGCUUCGAAUGAUCUAUGACUUGGUUGUACUCGAUCCAAACGAGGAUGAACAAAAGAAAUGCUCACCGAAAUUACUUGAUGGUGUUUUAGCUUUAAUGGACGCUCUGAUGAUCUUCCAGCAAUCAGCUGUGGAUGAAUGGGUGGAAAUGUCACGAAUUUGCUUGGGAUUAUUGAUGAAAUGUUCACGCCAUCCAAAUCCUGAAAUUGUUGCCAUGGCAACGGCCAAAUUGCACACCGUUCUACAAGUCCGAGCCACUGAAGAUUUACAUGAGCUUGGCUAUCUUUUGUUCAGCAUAAACAAAGCAUUGAAUACAGCCAUUGAAGUGGGUGAUUCCGAGGGAUAUUCAUUUUUGAUGCCUGUUUUAAAGGCUUUACUCGAAAAAUCUCGUUCGAUUCUAAAUUUAUCCAUGAAAGUACCUGAUUUACCACCAACUACAUCAGGGCCGGUUUUCUUCGAAGGUUUCCAGAUGUACUCCACCAGCAAGCAAUGGAUAACAUUCAUAGAUAAAACGAUAAAACCAUUGAAUGAUGCUUACUUGAACGAAGUUUCGUCCAUGAUAUGGGAGCAAUUGAAUCGUUUCUGGGCGGAAUCGUACGAAGCAUGCAAAGCUUCAUCACAGCUACGUACUAAAUAUUUAAUGGAAAGUCGACGUAAAUUCCAGCUGAAAAUCAUAAAGCAAUGGCGUUUGCGACAAAAUGAUGAGGCCAGUAGGCUAAAUGGCAUCCAAUCGGCACGGAAGAUCCAUGAAAAGCAAAUCGAACGGAAAUGGCGUGGCGCCAAGCGAUUCUUGCACAGUAAGAAAGGAGCAUUCUCCAAUGAUAUCAAGAAAGAUGAAUUCUAUCAUUUGUCAAAGCAUGAAAAUCCAGCACGAAUGCGCUUGAAACUUGAACCAUCACUGUAUCACGAUCCACACACAGCCGCAUCGAAUUUGCGAGACAAUACAGCCAGCCAAAAUGCUGACGAUCGUCGAUUGUCACACGAAUUUGGCCCAACAAUCGUACCGGCUGCUGUUAAUGACAUUUUUACCGAAGAUGAGGCCGCUUUGCUGGAAGAAGAGAUGAAAACAAGCGUUGAACCGCAACAGCAAGACAUUCCGGCGGAAAAAGUUGUCAUAUCACAAGAAUGUGAGCUAGUUACAAUGAUGACACGGGUCAAGGGUCGACUGGAAGUUACAUCACGAUUAUUCUCAUUCAUCGAUCUAGAUCAGGCCAAUGAAGAAGGUGAACACUACGAUUUCAAAUUUCCACUGAGUCAAAUAAAAGAAGUGCAUUUACGCAAGUACAAUUUGCGUCGCAGUGCACUGGAAAUAUUUUUGGUCGAUCAGACGAGCUACUUUUUGAAUUUCACAACGAAAACCCGGAAUAAAAUUUUCUCGAAAAUUCUGAGCUUGCAACCACAAAAUUUGCUGUACGGUUCGGGCCGGUCACCAUCCGAGUUGUUGAAACAGUCUGGCCUUACACAAAGAUGGGUCAAUCGUGAGAUUUCAAACUUUGAGUAUUUGAUGCAAUUGAACACGAUUGCGGGUCGUUCAUACAACGAUUUGAGUCAGUAUCCCGUGUUCCCGUGGAUUUUGGCUGAUUACAGCAGCCCAGUGUUGGAUUUGAAUGAUGAGAAAUCGUUUCGUAAUUUGAGUCGACCAAUUGGUGUGGUUAAUCCGAAAAAUGAGGAAGAAGUGCGAGCUAAGUACGAUGGUUUCGAAGAUCCAACAGGUGUCAUCCCGAAAUUCCACUACGGAACGCAUUACUCCAAUUCAGCCGGUGUUCUGCAUUACCUUAUUCGUGUGGAACCAUUUACAAAGCUGCACAUUGAACUGCAAUCGGGUCGUUUUGAUGUGGCCGAUCGUCAAUUUCAUUCAAUACCACAAACCUUCAAACUUCUCAUGGAUAAUCCAAACGAUGUGAAAGAGCUUAUACCUGAAUUUUUCUAUUUCCCCGAAUUUUUGAAGAAUUUGAAUAAAUUCGAUUUGGGCACAUUGCAAAACACAAAAGAGCGAGUGGAUGAUGUCAUUUUGCCACCAUGGGCCAAAUCACCGGAAGAUUUCAUCUCUAUACAUCGACGCGCACUUGAAUCGGAAUAUGUAUCGCAGAAUUUGCACAAUUGGAUCGAUUUGAUUUUCGGCUACAAACAAAAAGGGCCACGAGCAGUUGAAGCGUUAAACGUUUUCUACUAUUGUUCGUAUGAAGGAGCCGUUGAUUUGGAUAAGAUUUCAAAUCAAAUGGAACGAGAAGCAGUAGAGGGAAUGAUUAAUAAUUUCGGUCAAACCCCAUCACAAUUAUUGCGUGAGCCACAUCCAAAGCGAGUCACGCAAGACGAAGUGCUGGCCAAAUUAUAUCGCUUCGAGUUGAAAAAGCCGGAUGUAACCGCUUUCCUUGAUCGCAUCGCUCAUGUAAACUGUGACUUUUCCAAUGAACGAGAUCCGAUUGUUUUCUUAAGCACUCCGCGAAGCCCACCGAAAUCGUUCUUGCAAGCAAGUCCCGAUUUCCUGAUUUCAAUUUCGAAGAGUGCCAUUCUGGGCUGCAACUCAUGGAUAUCGCAGGAAAAGGACAAAGGAUUUCUGUUGGAAGUUGAUGCCACCACCACCAAUUUGAAGAAUCGUAAACGCAUCAGUGGCCCAUUCCAUCCGUCAAUAAAUCUGCAUUCGCAAAUGUUUGCGGUGAGUUUGGAUGGUCGUUACAUCUAUGCAGCUGGUUGCUGGGACAAUUCAUUGAAAGUGAUUAGCGUAAGCCGUGCAAAACCAGUCGCAUCGAUUUCAAAGCACUUGGACAUCAUCACGUGUAUUGCACUUGACAAUUGUGGUUCGUAUGUGGUGACUGGGUCAAAAGAUUGCACGUGUAUUGUAUGGUCGAUCAGCAAUGGCACUGAGAAAACCGCAUCAACAUCGUCAAAUCCGCCGACCACUCCGACUCACAUGAAUCAUCAUGCAAUCGGCCAUAGUCAAAUGAAUACGAAUAACAGUUUAACACCGCGCCCGGUGAAUACGUUGUACGGUCACGAUAAACCCGUUUCGUGCGUUGCCAUUUUCACCGAGUUGGACAUGGUCGUUUCAGGAAGUGAGGACGGAACAGUGAACGUGCACACGAUUAAAGAUGGUCAAUUUGUGCGAACAUUAAUGCCAAUUGAUUGUACUGGUCCUUCAAUUAACAUCACAUUCUUGGCACUAUCUUAUCAAGGUCACAUCGCUUUUUCGGCCGUCGAUGAUACAUCACAUUCGGUACAUGUGUACAGCAUAAACGGAGCACAUUUGGGCUCGAAAUAUGUAUCGGGCCGUGUUACGGGUCUGACAACGGCUAACGAUUAUCUAGUUGUGGCUGAUGAUGCUGGUGACAUAACCAUGUCUCGUUUAUAUGGGCUGAAACCAGUUUUCGAUAUACCGCUGCAUAUACCAAUCCAGACAAUUGUAGUAACACCCGGAAACACACAUUUAUUAGCGCCGUUGCGUGAUGGAAAAUUGGCUGUUAUUGGUGUUUCAACGCCAAAAACCACGAAAAACAAACAUUCCGUGUUAAGCGUAUAAAAUAUGUCAACAAUGAUAGAUAAAUGUGCGAUAUGCGCGCGAGAUGUCAUGUCGUGCAACAAGUACAAGAGACAAACAACAUUUGCACUGCUGCUGUUGCUCCCGCCAUUGUCGUCGUCGUCGUCUCAAUAUAAAUAUGUAUUUUCUCAUUCCGCGAUGAAUCUUGUUCGAUAAAAAAAAACUCACACACACACACACAACAUAGGAAACCGAAAUGAACGAAACCCAAAUCAAGUAUAGUAAAUGAAAAACAAAGCGAUAAAAACAAAUCUAUAUGCAAACAGUUAUGUAAUUUGAAUUGAAUUGUCACUUGAGCAACACAUCGAAGACCGAACUGAGUGCGCGAAAUUACCAAUUAAAACGAAUUAAUUGUCACUACCCGAUAUGUGUACGCGCAACACCUGUUUUAUGAUGCACUCAUAAUUUAAACAACAACAAAAACGCCAACAACAAAACGAAGAAAAAGAAGAAAACCCUCUGUAAAGAUGUUAUGAUUGUCAAUGGCCAUCGACAAACAGGAAGAAUGAAAAUGCCAAUUGAUUGAGAUAUUUGCAUGAUAGCUUUAUUCAUGAUGAAGAAUUCUUCCAUUUGUUCGAAUGCCGUGUGUGUGUUUUUUUAAAGCCUCCCCUCCUCAAUCCUAAUUGAAAUGUUUUUAUUUUUAAAAUGUGAAUCCGUCGAGAAAGUGCAUGAUAUUUCUCCGUUCAGAACAAGAAAAAUCAAAUAGCGGCCGAUAAAAAACGGUAAAUUCAAUUAAAUUAGAUGAAUUCCACGGUGCGUAAUGAUUUGAUCGAUUUUUUAAGCAAGUGUUUUUAAUCAAGAUUUUUCCCGUCUCAGACACAAAUCGUAUGAAAAUAAAUUGUAAUAAAAAAAUGUGCACUUUUUAAAUUUACACAGUUCGUUUACAUGUCAAUUUCAAAAAAUGAAAGAAAAUGUUUUUUACACACAAAUUGUUCCAUAAGAGUUUUUAUAAGCCUCUUUCAAAGAGAGAAAAGUCCUCUUGACACCGACAUUUUUUUUCUUUUGUACAAAUUUAACCAUGAGAUACUAUAUUUUUUCACAAAUUGUUGAGAAAUUUAUUAUGUGAAAUACAAAAUGGAAUUUCUUAUACACGUCGCUUAUGCCGCUCCACACAAUUUCUCUAAUAACAAAAUUUCUAACACUUUUUCUCUCUCAAACCAAUUUCUAACAAAACCUUUUCCACACUUUUUGCAUAGAACGCCAAUUUACGCUGAUCAAUACCAUCGAAUGCACAUUGUUUUAGAAAAUUUUAAAGAUACAUCGGAAAGGAUUCACUCCAUAUAGUCUUUUGGAAUGACAUAUACAAUAUCUCGCCCGCAAUGUUCCCUGUAAAAAACAAACUGUAAGCUAUGAGAUUCAAAGUAAUUUCGAAAGCAAUAAGCAACUGUCAACAUAUGAUUUUUAAUGAAAAGCAUAAACAAUACAUUCUUAUUUAGAGACUAUAUGACAUUAUUAUGCAAGAAAAACUAUAUAACACAAUACAUGUAAUGGGAAAUACCUCGUAGAGAAAGAAAACAAUAUAUUUUUAGUAGUGAUAUCAGACAUUUUUAGCAAUGUUACAACCGUUUUUCUCGUAGCGUACACCGUAAGGGUGGAUAUUUCUGUGUUAUUUUGGAAUAAUAGAAAAAUGAGAGAUUAGAACAUUUGCGUUUGUUUCGACAAAGUUUUUUUGAUUCAUGCGACAAACCAAACAAAAAAAAACCUCCACAAAUUUUUUUCCAACAAUGAACGUGCCGAAAUGAUAUUGAGGCCGGAAAAAUGUUCGGAAUUUCAUCACAAAAAUGAUAUGUCACAAGAAAUAUUUCGAUUUUAUUUUAUCGAUUUUAAAUGAAAAAGUUCACCAGAUUGGUUGUUAAAAUAUAAACAAUUGCUCCACAUUUCAUGUAGCGUUAAAAUGGAAGAGCAAAAUAAUUUUCAUCCAAAUUUCUCUUGAUUUUCAUCCAAUCAAAUAUUGUUUUUUUUCUCUUAGAUUGACGAAUAUGUUAGGGACAUUUAUCUCCAGCGAAUCAUCGCGAAUCCUUGUCGUCUCUAAAUUCAAAGAUUCGCGAAUCUCCAUGGCAUGAGGAUUCCAAAGAGAUACAUAAAUGCCCUUAGCGAAUAUGUGCAAUGCAAUUUUUAUUAGAAUGAAAAUCCAAAAAAAAGAAUAACCGUACGAAAUUGACUAUAUACGUAAUCGUAGAAAUCUUAAGUUAGUAGUUUGUUUCGUUCAUAUCGAACCAUUGAAUCAUAAAUCAUAGCAAAUAUUUAAUUUACCUGUGAGAUGAGCAUUAUCAGUUUACAAUGAAAAACAAAAGCAUUAUAUUUAGCAAAACGAAAUGAAAUAAAUGAAAAAAAUCGUUUGUCAUUUAGACUCA